CGGGUCUUUUCGCUCUCUGCACCGACACACGAUAAACCGCUCCCUCCGCGUCUGAAAAUCAGCGAUGCCGAUCUGAUUAUUUACUAUCUUAAGGGCACAGGCCCUGGGGGGCAGAAAAUUAACAAAACCAACUCCGCCGUGCAAUUAAUCCACAAACCCACUGGUAUCGUCGUUAAAUCGCAAGCGACUCGCUCUCGGUCUCAGAAUGAGAAGAUAGCGAAGCAGUUGCUCUCGGAUCGCGUUGAAGACCUGGAAAAAGGGGACCAGAGUCGCACUGCGAUCAAGGCGGAGCGGGCGAAGAAGAAAAAGGCGAGUAAAUUGAAAAAGACCCGGAGAAAGUAUCGUGAUCUAGAGAGCAAGGAGGACGAGGAUGAUGAGGGCGAC